UUGUUUAAAGUAGCAAAGGUCUCCAACGUCCCUUUCUCCGUUUUUCUUUCUCUCUCAUAUGUAUUCUCAGUGAAGCUUCUCUGCUUCUUCAUAGUUUUUACUUGUUUUCAGCUACUUUUUCUGAUUGGAUGUCUCCUUAUCCAUACACCCAACCACCCCACACACAAAAUAUAUGCAAUUAGUGAAAAGAAAUUACUGUAGCUACUCAUGCGAAGUUAUACCUUCUAUGGAACUUUGAUGCGUUAGUUACUUGGUAAUUUAGAGUGAAUUUAAGCUCUUCAGCAAGAAGAAUCUGAAGAAACAAUGGCUUACACUAGAAGAGGAUCUGAUCAGCAGCCACCUGGCAGGCUGCUGAGAACUCAAACAGCUGGCAAUUUAGGUGGUGAGGCUAUGAUGGAUAGUGAAGUGGUGCCUUCAUCUCUUGUUGAAAUAGCACCUAUUCUUCGUGUUGCUAAUGAAGUUGAACCAAGUAACCCUAGGGUUGGCUAUCUUUGUCGAUUCUAUGCCUUUGAGAAAGCUCACAGACUAGAUCCAACAUCAAGUGGUCGUGGUGUUCGUCAAUUUAAGACUGCUCUACUUCAACGCUUAGAGAGGGAAGAUCAAACAACAUUAGCAGGGAGAACAAAGAGUGAUGCUCGUGAAAUGCAAAGCUAUUAUCGACAUUAUUAUGGAAAGUACAUUCAAGCCUUACAAAAUGCUGAUAAAGCCGAUCGUACUCGUCUUACAAAAGCUUAUCAAACUGCUGCGGUUCUUUUUGAGGUAUUAAAGGCUGUGAAUCAGAUAGAUGGAGUUGAGGUGGCAAAGGAGAUAUUGGAAGCAAACACAAAAGUUGAAGAGAAGACAAGAAUGUAUGCUCCUUAUAAUAUACUUCCACUUGAUCCCGAUAGUUCUAAUCAAGCUAUUAUGACAUAUCCAGAGAUACAAGCUUCUGUCUCUGCUCUCAGAAAUACUAGAGGUCUACCAUGGCCAAAAGGCUACAAUAAAAAGGAAGAUGAAGACAUAUUGGAUUGGCUACAGGCUAUGUUUGGUUUUCAGAAAGAUAGUGUCUCAAAUCAAAGGGAGCACUUGAUCUUGUUACUUGCAAAUGUUCAUAUUCGACAAUUCCCAAAGACUGGUCAACAACCUAAGUUGGAUGAUGUGGCGGUUGAUGAGGUGAUGGAUAAACUUUUUGAAAAUUACCUAAAGUGGUGCAAAUAUUUGGGUCGCAAAGAUAGUCUUACGUUCCCGAAUAUUCAAAAAGAAAGGCAACAAAGGAAACUUUUGUACAUGGGUUUGUAUCUUCUCAUAUGGGGUGAAGCUGCAAACUUGAGAUUUAUGCCUGAAUGCCUUUGCUACAUCUAUCACCACAUGGCAUUUGAACUUUAUGGCAUGCUGGCUGGAAGUGUGAGUUCUGUAACAGGUGAGAAUAUUAAACCUGCAUAUGGAGGUGAAAAGGAGGCAUUCUUGAUGAAAGUUGUGACUCCUAUCUACAAUACAAUUGCAAAGGAAGCUCAUAAAAGCAAAGGAGGAAAGACAAAACAUUCUCAAUGGAGAAAUUAUGAUGAUCUGAAUGAGUACUUCUGGUCAGUUGAUUGUUUUCGCAUAGGAUGGCCAAUGCGUGCUGAUGCUGAUUUCUUUCAUGUGCCUGAUGAAGUUAAAGAGAAUGAGGUGGAAAAACCUACUGGUAGUAGGAGGUGGGUAGGGAAGAUCAAUUUUGUUGAGAUAGAUUCAUACUGGCAUAUAUUUAGGAGUUUUGAUAGGAUGUGGAGCUUUUUCAUUUUAUGUUUACAGGCAAUGAUUAUUAUAGCAUGGAAUGGAUCUGGUAAACUAAGCUCUGUCUUUGAUGGAGAAGUGUUCAAGAAAGUUUUGAGCAUCUUCAUAACAGCAGCAAUUUUGAAACUUGGACAAGCUGUCAUUGAUCUGGUGAUGAUGUGGAAAGCAAGGUUUAGCAUGUCAUUUCAUGUGAAGCUUAGAUACAUAUUGAAGACACUUUCAGCAGCAGCUUGGGUCAUAGUUUUACCAAUUACAUAUUCUUAUAGUUUGAACAAUCCUUCUGGAUUUGGUCAAACCAUGAAGAGUUGGUUUGGAAGUGGACCAAGUUCCCCUUCUUUGUUCAUUUUAGCAAUUGUUGUUUACUUGUCUCCAAACAUGCUUUCAGCAUUAUUAUUCCUCCUACCCUUUUUUCGUCGAAAACUAGAGAGAUCAAAUUACAGAAUUGUCAGAUUCAUCAUGUGGUGGUCACAGCUUCCACUUUAUGUGGGGAGGGGAAUGCAUGAAGAUCCUCUUUCUCUAAUCAAGUACACAUUCUUUUGGGUUAUCCUCUUAGUGGCAAAGUUAGCUUUCAGCUACUACUUAGAGAUAAAGCCUCUAGUGGGUCCUACAAAAGCAAUUAUGAAUGUUCACAUAAGACGUUACCAAUGGCAUGAGUUCUUCCCCCAAACUAGCAACAAUCUUGGUGUUGUCAUUGCACUUUGGGCUCCUAUUAUUCUUGUAUAUUUCAUGGAUACACAAAUUUGGUAUGCUAUCUUUUCAACUAUAUUUGGUGGUUUCUAUGGUGCAUUUAGGCGUCUUGGAGAGAUACGAACACUGGAAAUGUUGAGAAGUAGGUUUGAGCAACUGCCAUUUGCUUUUAACAAAUGGUUAAUUCCAGCAGAAAAUAGUGAAAAGGCUAAAAAGGGACUCAAGGCUACUCUAUCACGUAGAAUCACUAAGAUCACAUCUGAUAAAGAGGAAGCAGCAAGGUUUGCUCAAAUGUGGAAUAAAAUCAUUACAAGUUUCAGGGAAGAAGAUUUGAUAAACAACAGUGAAAUGGCCCUAUUACUCAUGCCAUAUUGGGCAGAUCUUGAUUUAAAUCUCAUCCAGUGGCCUCCAUUUUUACUUGCUAGCAAGCUUCCUAUAGCAUUGGAUAUGGCAAAAGAUAGUAAUGGAAGAUACUCUGAAUUGCAAAAGAGGCUGAAUUCAGACAGUUAUAUGGACUAUGCAGUUCGCGAAUGCUAUGCUUCAUGCAAAAAUAUUCUGAUAUUUCUGGUUUUAGGGGAUCGUGAAAAGGCUGUUUUAACUGAGAUAUUCAACACGGUUGACAUGCACAUAGAGAAGGGAGAACUUUUAAAGGAGUUUGAUAUGCGGGCCUUACCUAGCCUGACUUUUCAGUUUGUUAAGCUUAUUGAGUUUUUGAUGAAAAAUGAAGAAGGUGACAAGGAUGGUGUUGUGAUUGUAUUACUUAAUAUGUUGGAGAUCAUGACAAGAGACAUAAUGAUGGAUGCACCAAUUUCUAGUUUGAUGGAAUCAAACCAUGGUGGUGCUUAUGGAAACCAUGAAGCUCAACAAGAUAAACAAUAUCAGAAGUUCUUUGCAGCUCUUAAUUUUCCUGUUACAAAAGAAACAGAUGCUUGGAAAGAGAAAAUAAGAAGGCUUCAUCUGUUGCUUACUGAGAAAGAAUCUGCUAUGGAUGUUCCAUCAAACAUAGAAGCCAGAAGGCGUAUCUCUUUCUUCUCAAAUUCUUUGUUUAUGGAUAUGCCUAUGGCACCCAAAGUUAGAAACAUGAUUUCUUUCUCGGUUCUUACUCCUUACUUCAAUGAGGAUGUCCUUUUCUCCAUGGAUGCAUUGGAAAAGCCAAAUGAGGAUGGAGUUUCUAUCCUUUUUUACUUGCAGAAAAUUUUCCCAGAUGAAUGGGAUAAUUUUCUACAACGUGUGGGCUACAAACAUGAAGAUGAAAUGAAAGGUAAUCCAGAGAUGGAAGAAGAGCUUCGCCAUUGGGCAUCAUAUAGAGGCCAAACACUAACUAAAACUGUUAGAGGCAUGAUGUAUUAUAAGCAAGCAUUGGAACUUCAGACUUUCCUUGACAUGGCAAAAGAUGAUGAAUUGAUGAAAGGUUACAAAGCUGCUGAAUCCAACACUGAAGAAUAUUUAAGCAAUAAUAGAUCAUUAUUAACACAAUGUCAAGCAGUGGUGGAUAUGAAGUUCUCAUAUGUGGUAUCAUGCCAACAAUAUGGAAUCCAAAAAAGAGCAGGGCUUGCUCAUGCUCACGACAUUCUCAGACUCAUGACUACGUACCCUUCUCUUCGUGUUGCUUUUAUUGAUGAGGUUGAAGAAACCAGCAAUGAAAAAACAAAAAAAGUGGUGGACAAAGUUUCCUUUUAUUCAGUUCUUGUGAAAGCUGUUCCAAAGUCUGCUGAUUCCUCUGAUCCAGUUCAAAACCAAGAUCAGGUUAUAUAUCGUAUAAAACUUCCGGGACCCGCGAUACUGGGAGAGGGAAAACCAGAAAACCAAAACCAUGCAAUAAUAUUUACACGUGGAGAAGGCCUACAAACAAUUGAUAUGAACCAAGAUAACUACAUGGAAGAAGCAUUUAAAAUGAGAAAUUUGCUUCAAGAGUUUCUUGUCACACAUGGCGUAAGGACCCCAACUAUACUUGGCCUCAGGGAACAUAUUUUCACUGGCAGUGUUUCUUCUCUUGCGUGGUUUAUGUCAAAUCAGGAGACAAGUUUUGUAACUAUUGGACAAAGAUUGUUGGCUAAUCCUUUAAAAGUGAGAUUCCACUACGGGCAUCCAGAUGUAUUCGAUAGACUAUUUCACCUAACCAGAGGUGGCGUCAGCAAGGCUUCCAAAAUCGUUAACCUCAGUGAAGACAUCUUUGCAGGUUUUAAUUCUACAUUACGUGGUGGAAAUGUUACGCAUCAUGAAUACAUUCAAGUUGGAAAAGGAAGAGAUGUUGGUUUAAAUCAGAUCUCAUUGUUUGAAGCAAAGAUUGCAAAUGGAAAUGGAGAACAGACAAUGAGUCGAGAUAUUUAUAGACUUGGACACCGUUUUGAUUUCUUUCGCAUGCUCUCUUGCUACUUCACUACUGUUGGAUUUUACUUCAAUACAUUGGUAACUGUGCUUAUUGUAUACGUGUUUCUCUAUGGACGCUUAUACCUCGUUCUAAGUGGACUCGAAAGAGAAUUAAGCACAAACAAACAAGUCGUAAACGACAAACCCCUUCAAGUCGCUCUCGCAUCCCAAUCCUUCGUCCAAAUUGGCUUCCUCAUGGCGCUUCCAAUGAUGAUGGAAAUCGGCCUCGAACGCGGAUUCCACAAAGCCCUAACCGAUUUCAUCCUCAUGCAACUCCAACUCGCCUCCGUCUUCUUCACCUUCUCCCUCGGCACCAAAACGCACUACUACGGCCGGACUCUCCUCCACGGCGGCGCACAGUACCGCGCCACAGGCCGUGGAUUCGUCGUCUUCCACGCCAAAUUCGCCGAAAACUACCGACUCUACUCACGCAGCCAUUUCGUGAAAGGAAUCGAGCUUUUGAUUUUGCUUGUUGUGUAUGAGGUUUUUGGGCAAUCGUAUAGGGGAUCGGUUGCGUAUAUUUUGAUUACGAUUUCGAUGUGGUUUAUGGUGGGAUCGUGGCUUUUUGCACCGUUUUUGUUUAAUCCUUCGGGGUUUGAGUGGCAGAAGAUUGUGGAUGAUUGGACUGAUUGGAGUAAGUGGAUUAGUAAUCGAGGGGGAAUUGGGGUUUCGGUGGAUAAAAGUUGGGAGUCGUGGUGGGAGAAGGAACAAGAACAUCUUGUGGCGUCUGGGGUUAGGGGGACUGUUAUGGAGAUUUUGUUGGCGUUGAGGUUUUUUAUUUAUCAGUUUGGACUUGUGUAUCAUCUUAGUUUGACUGAGAGUAAAAGUUUUCUGGUUUAUGGGAUUUCGUGGCUUGUGCUUAUUGGAGUUCUACUUGUAAUGAAGGCCAUGUCAUAUUGGAGAAAAACUCUUAGUGCUGAUUAUCAACUUCUCUUCCGAUUAAUCAAUGGUUUUAUAGUUGUUGCAUUUGCUUCUACUCUAAUCACAUUGGUUGCACUUCCACACAUGACAAUCAAGGACAUAGUUGUAUGCAUCCUCGCCUUCCUCCCUACUGGCUGGGGACUACUUCUGAUAUCACAAGCUUUGAGGCCGUUUUUGCGAAGAUCUGGACUGUGGUCAUCGAUUAGAACCCUAGCACAAUACUAUGAGAUAAUCAUGGGGUUACUUUUAUUCACUCCGGUUGCAUUUCUUGCAUGGUUUCCAUUUGUGUCAGAAUUCCAAACACGUAUGCUUUUCAACCAAGCGUUCAGCAGAGGUCUACAGAUAUCUCGUAUUCUUGGAGGUGGACAGAAGAAAGAUCGGUCUUCUGACAACAAGGAGUAAAUACAUUUAUGUAAAUUGCAUACGUAAACGAUGUGAGUUUUUAUUUGUAAGAUGUAUAGUAAUCUUAAGUUUUUAUUUUUCUUGCCUAUUGAGUUUGAGUUGUUAUUGAAUAAAUUUUGUAAAUAUGGGAAGUGGGAUUUGUAUCCAAGUGUAUAUUUCUUAUUA